AUGCGGCGGGAGCAGCGCAACUGCCACUCCGUCAGUUCUAGCGAGAGAAAGCAACGCAAAAGCGGUUUUUUAGCCUAUUUGGUAGAGCUUCACGCAGCUCUAGAUCCUCAAAACAGUUCCGCUCCGGUGCUCGACCUCCGCGUCGCCCCGACGAGCACUGACUGCACCAUCGAGAUGCUGUCGUGCAACUGCGAAACAAUGCCAUCGGUCUACACUAAGCCGUUCAGCAUGCUUCCAUUGUCAGCAGUGGAGAAACCAGACAACCUGUUGAUGCAAGGCCUGUUGGACAAGCUUGUUCCCAUGCUGGGGGAGCAGCUGCUGAGAGACUACCAUUCCUGGGUUCAGCAGCAGCCUGAAGCUUCUUCAUGAUCAUGAAGUAGAGGG